AAAUCACUAAGAAAUCUACAAGACUUAGGUCAUUCUUGACCACUAGCCACCAUUUUACCCCACCCCCCACCUAAUAAAUUCCCACAUUUGUCAACCAUUCUUGAUUCAUCUUCUAACAAACUCAACAACCCAUACUUUAAUUAGGUCUCUUAUUAGUAUUUGGUUUGUGUUCUUUCUUGUUUUCUUGAGUUUCAAGUUAGCAUAAAUUUUCUUGAAAUUUGUUCUGUUUUUUCUCAUAAAAAUGUCACCUUUUGUUGGAUCAAACCCUCUUUCAUAUGGUUUCAGACACAACAACAACAACAUGGAUUCAAAUUCCAACAUAGUCACCAUUGAUGUUGGUGGCCAUCUUUUUCAAACAACUAAACAAACCCUAAAUCAAGCAGGUUCAAAAUCUCUUUUUUCUACAAUUUCUAGUAAUUUAGAUAAUGAUUCAGUUCCAUUUAUUGAUAGAGACCCUGAAAUUUUCUCUGUUUUACUAUCUCUUUUAAGAACUGGAAAUUUACCCUCAAAAGCUAAAAACUUUGAUAUUCAAGAUUUGAUUUUUGAAGCAAAAUUUUAUGGUGUAGAACAACUUAUCUUGAAUUCUCAGUCAAACCCAUCUCAAUUUGAGCCUUUUGAUCUUGAAAAAUCUCUUCUUUUACCUUUAACUGGUAGAGAUUCACCUACAGCAAUUUCCACAACAGAAAAUGGUUCAGUUCAAGUAGCUCAUGGUUGUAAAAUUACUUCUUUUGAUUGGUCAUUAAAGAGAAAAUCCACAAUUUUAACUCAAUUUCCAGCUAUUGAUUCUAUGUUGUGUUUGAACUCAAGAACUGUUGCAGUUGGUGCUACUGAUUUUUCGGGUUUGCAGAUUCUUGAUCUUGUUAAGGGUUCUGUUAAAAAGAAUGUUAAUUGGGAAAAUGUGACUAAGUCUGGUUCAACAGUACAAGCAAUUGGAACAUCAAGUGAAUUCUUGUUUACGAGUUUCGAAUCAUCUAGGAGGAAUUCGAAUUGCAUUAUGGUAUAUGACGUUAACGAUGAUUUUAAACCGGUUACUAAGAUUGGUCAUUAUGAAAUCUUUGGUGCUGAAUUGGAUUCAGCAAUUCCAGCUACUAAGUUAAGAUGGUUACCUAGUCAUAACUUGUUAAUGUCUGCUGGUUCACAUAGUGGUCCUUCUGGUGUACUUGGGAAUAUUAAGUUUUGGGAUUUAAGGUCUGGGAAUACGGUUUGGGAAAUUAAGGAAAACGUUGAUUGUUUCUCCGAUAUCACAGUUUCGGAUAGUUUGUCUGGUAUUUUUAAAGUUGGAGUACACUCGGGCGAGGUUUUUCUUGCUGAUUUGAGGAAUAUUGGUUCUGAGAAUGCUUGGAUUUGUCUUGGUGAUCAAAGAAAGGUAACAAAUGGUAAAAAGGAAGGAAUUGGAUGCAAAAUCGAGAGCUAUGGGAAUCAAGUUUUCUGCACUAAAGGAGGAGAUGUUGAGUUGUGGUCUGAGGUUCUUAUCGAUGGUUCGAUAAAAGGUAGGUUUGGAUCAGAAGGCAGAGUUUUUAGGAAGAACUAUAUGGGAAGAGCAAAAGAUUUUUGUGGAAAUCGGAUAACUCACUUCAGCUUUGGUGGGAAUAGAAUGUUUGUUACACGAAAGGAUCAACAAUUUGUUGAGGUUUGGCAGAGUUCAGUUAGGGGAUUUUAGUUUUUUUUUCACAAGCAUUGGUAGGAGUAGGUCGUGGCAUUGAAGCCAACUUGUUUGGGACUGAGACGCGGUUCAUUGAUUGAUUGAUUGAUUGAUUGAUUGGUAAGAGAAGCCUUCCACGCCAAGUAAAGUUGAAGGGAUCGAUCCCAAUAGCCUUUCACGUGGGGAGAUCCAUUAUAGUCGUUACAAAAGCUCCAGAAGAGAAUUAAUCAAGUUGCUCGAAGAUAGUAUAUAUUGCUGUACCUUUGUGCUAUCCAAAUAUGAUUUAGUAUUAGUAUACUUCCUGGAACAGUUGCAUCUUCACUCCAGUCAGGACAUACUUUUAAGCUGAUGGGAUUUCUUUUUUUUUGUCGAAGCAUUUCUUGUUUUGCCAUGACUUUGUCAUUUUGAACUGUUCGUUUUGGUUUUGUAGAAUGCCAUUGUCACAUAUUGCAUCAUUCCCAGUUCGCAAAUGUUUCAUGCAUUGUAGUCAGUUAUAUGAAUCCGUUAUAUGUUGUCGCCUGUUGAUCUUGUGACCGGAGAAACUCAUUGUCUUUGCUAGGAACUCACAUUAGUUGAGGCCUUGAGGGUAAGAAGGGGCAGCCCGGUGCACUCAAGCUUCCGCUAUGCGCAGGGUCCGAGGAAGAGCCUAUUGUAUGCAGCCUUACCUUGCAUUUCUGCCAGAGGCUGAUUCCAAGGCUUGAAUACAAGACUUCCUGGUCACAUGGCAGCAACUUUACCAGUUAAGGCCUUGCGGGUAUGGGAUGUAAUCUCUUUAUAUAGUUUUGAACCAUCCUCACCUCACGAGGAAGUUUUUGGGGUUGAGCGAGGCCAAUCUCCAUUUUCUUUAUAUAGUAUUAGAGUCGGACUAACCCUUGUUCUUGGUUUACCCAAUAUAGCGCCCUCAUUUGGUUGAGGAUACAAGUUGUAGUCUCAUUAUGGUCUUGGCAUACAUUGCUUCAUAAGACAAAUUUUGAAGUCGAGUCAGGUCUAAGGUCCAUUUCUUAAUAGUCGUGAAGCUUUACAAGUGGACUGACAUAGUGUCAUAUUCUUAUUCAAUCAUGAAAACUCAUGGACAUUUGAAUGGUAACUGCCACUUGAUCUUAACUGGCAUCAAAAGGUGUUUGAAGAGAUUUGUUUAUAUUUAUUGAUAUUUUAAGUCCUGCAAACUGUCAUGAGUGUUGACAUUUGGAUAAUCGUGGUGUUCAAGUCAGUUUGUGCAUAACUCAGCUAAUUCUAUAGGAAACCUGGUGAAAAUCUAUUACCUUCCAUUAGCACAGGUAUCGAGGUCAUUUUGUUCAAGUUCAGAUCACUUUGUGUGCACCUCAACUAAUUUCGCAGGGUACUUGUUAUCUUUCACCAACACAAAUAUUGAGUAUUUUGUCCAUUAAAACUUGAAUAUAAAUAAGAAGAAAUUAUCUUA